AUGUUAAGAAGAUUUCAACGUACUCUUGCUACCGCUGGUGGAUUUGUCAACAAGACAUCUCAACUUGACAGAGCCACACUUACCAUCAAGGGAGGACCAGUUUUCAGCGGGUACUCAUUUGGUGCAGACAAAAAUGUCAGUGGUGAAGCAGUUUUCACCACUUCGUUGGUAGGAUACCCAGAAUCGAUGUCUGAUCCUUCAUACAAGGGACAAAUUUUAUGUUUCACCCAACCUCUUAUUGGAAACUAUGGUGUUCCAUCUUCUUCCAAGAAGGAUAUCUUCAACUUGUUGAAGCAUAUGGAAUCACCACAAAUCCAAUGUAUUGGUAUCGUUGUUGCUGAUGUUGCUUUAGAGUACUCUCAUUGGACUGCCGUCGAAUCUCUUCAACAAUGGUGUCAAAGAUCAGGCGUUGCUGCUAUCUCUGGUGUUGAUACUAGACAGUUGGUGUCAUACUUGAGAGAGCAAGGUUCUUCGUUAGCCAAAAUUACCGUCGGUGAAUCUUACGAUGCCGAUGAAGAUGCUGCCUUUGAAGAUCCAGGUUCUGUCAAUUUAGUGCACAAGGUCACCACCAAGGCUCCGUUCCACAUUGCUUGUCCAAAGGAAUUCUCCAAGGGCUAUCACGUUGCUGUUUUGGACUGUGGUGCUAAGGAAAACAUCUUGAGAUGUCUCGUUGAAAGAGGUGCUUCAAUUACUGUUUUCCCAUACAACUACCCAAUUGACAAGAUUGCCAACAAGUUUGAUGGUGUUUUCAUUUCCAACGGUCCAGGUGAUCCAACCCAUUGUUCCGCCACUGUGGAACUGUUGAAAAGAACCAUUGCAAAGUACGAAGAAUUACCAAUCUUCGGUAUUUGUAUGGGACAUCAAUUGUUGGCCCUUGCUGGUGGUGCAAAGACCAUUAAAUUGAAAUACGGUAACAGAGCCCAUAACAUUCCAACCUUAGAUUUGACUACUGGGCAAUGUCACAUUACAUCUCAGAAUCACGGGUAUGCCGUUGAUGCAGCCACAUUAAACGGUGAUUGGGAACCAUACUUCCAAAACUUAAAUGAUUUGUCAAAUGAAGGUUUGAAGCAUAAGACCAGGCCUAUAUUCUCCGCCCAAUUCCACCCUGAAGCCAAGGGUGGUCCAUUGGAUACUGCUUUCCUUUUCGACAAGUUUUACGAAAACAUUGAAACAUACAGAAAGAACAACGGAUUGGUUUCUUCAACUGUUGACAACAGUUUGUUAGUUGACAUUUUACCAACUGGUAGAGUUCAAUAA